AUCCGCGACGCCGUCUCGCAGGUGCUCAAGGGCUACGACUGGAGCCUGGUGCCGAUGCCCGUCCGCGGCAACGGAUCGCUCAAGGCCAAGCCGCACGUCAAGCGGCCCAUGAACGCCUUCAUGGUGUGGGCGCAGGCCGCCCGCAGGAAGCUGGCGGACCAGUACCCGCAUCUGCACAACGCCGAGCUCAGCAAGACCCUGGGCAAGCUCUGGCGUUUAUUGAGCGAGAACGAGAAACGUCCCUUUGUGGAGGAAGCCGAGCGGCUCAGGGUGCAGCACAAAAAGGAUCACCCGGAUUACAAAUACCAGCCCCGGAGGAGGAAAAGCGUCAAAGCCGGGCAGAGCGACUCGGACUCGGGAGCUGAGCUCAGCCACCACGCCAGCACUCAGCUCUACAAGGCCGACACGGGGCUGGGGGGCAUGGCCGACUCCCACCACCACGGGGACCACACAGGCCAGCCCCACGGACCCCCCACGCCGCCCACCACCCCCAAAACCGACCUGCACCACGGCAGCAAGCAGGAGCUGAAGCACGAGGGCCGGCGCCUGGUGGAGAGCGGCCGCCAGAACAUCGACUUCAGCAACGUGGACAUCUCAGAGCUGAGCAGCGAGGUCAUCAACAACAUGGAGACCUUCGACGUGCACGAGUUCGACCAGUACCUGCCCCUGAACGGGCACUCCGACUCCUACGGCUCCUACGGCGGCCAGGCCUGCGCCACCUCAGCCGCCCCGGCCGCCGCCGCUGCCUCCUUCUCCAGCUCCCAGUGCGACUACACGGACCUGCAGAGCUCCAACUACUACAACCCCUACCCCGGCUACGCCUCCAGCCUCUACCAGUACCCCUAUUUCCACUCCUCGCGCCGCCCCUACGCCACCCCCAUCCUCAACGGGCUGUCCAUCCCGCCGGCGCACAGCCCCACCGCCAACUGGGAGCAGCCCGUCUACACCACCCUGACCAGGCCUUAAAGGAUUCCCGGAGCCUCCCAAGGCUUCCUUGGAAUUAUGCACUAAUGAAGGAAUGAGGAGGAAGAGCGUGGAGUGUUCCAAAGUGCCUCCUGAGCCGCUGGGAACUCUGCUCGUCGCGACCUUGCUUCGAAACUCCCCGAAGGGACAGAGCUCUGUUAUUUUUUUUUUUCUUUGAUUUGUAGGAUUUAAGAAA